UAAGACUAAAGGGUGGCGGUCAGAGGAUCCGACCCAAAUUGGGAAAUGCCCUACCCGACGGAUAGCCGAUCGUAAACAUUCUUCGUUAAUCUCCCUGCUCGAACACAACAAAACUCACACACAGAUUUAUUCAUAGAUUUCAAUUUCAGUUAGUAAAAUAAAAUGGAGAAUAAUAGUAAAGAUUCAGAAUCAAGAAGAUAUGAUGAUGAUGAAGAUGAUGCAGGAGGAACAUCAUCUUUUGUUAAUAAUAAUAGCAAUCCACCGGGUGACCAAACAGUCUGGACCGAUGUUUCCAUCCUUCUUAAUUCAGCUUGUAAUGAUCUUCAAGAUGGGGAGCUCAUUAAUGGGGAGAAUUUCAAUCUUUUCGCAGCCAUGUCUGCGUUGGAGAUAAUGGACCCGAAGAUGGAUUCAGGUAUUGUUUGUAAAUAUUAUUCCGUUGAUGAAGCUAUUGAGAACGGUGCUGCACCAAUCCCCUUGAGUCAGAAUAAAACUGCAGAUGUCCAUUGUAUAAUCGAUGUCAUGGAUCAUCUAGUUUCAUGUGAGGCAACUUGGCACAAGGGUCAUUCAUUAGCACAAACUGUUUUUUCGUGCCUGUACCUCUUGAGACCUGAUAUAACAUCAUCACAUGCGUUGCUGAAUUCGUACUGCACAGUAUUACGCUCAACAUGCAAUGCAGUUAUUUCAGUUGUUUCUGACACACGCACACAUGAGGAAGAAGAUUUGUUUACCAUUACUUCGGGACUUCCAUUGAAAAAGGACGGCGAUGAGAAAUGCUUAUCUAUUUUAAAUGUUAUAGAAGAAACGGUUUCGCGCCAGUUGAAUGCUUGCAAAUCCCCAUCACAUAAGAAGAGAGCUGUAGAAGACAUAGAGCCAUUACAAGAAAAUCUUGAUUUGGAAGAAGGAUAUUGCAAAGCUGUGUUAUGCCGUUUGCGCUUUCGUAAGCAUUUUUAUCAUGCUCUAGUAUGUUUGAGGCGAGCCCAAGGCAGAGGAUUGGAUUCAGCUAGAAAACAUAUAGCCUCUUGCUUAGUGGAACUCCAUAGCAUCCUUAAAUCUGAGGAAUUUCUUAGGUCCAACAGCAGAUACGGAAUGUGUGAAGACGGAAAGGAAAAUAGCACAACUGCUUCUGGUUGUCAACCAAUCGGUUUUGAUCCCACCUUAAACAGUAGAUUAUCUGCCCCUGCACCUCCCCGUGCAAUUAAACUUCUUUGCUGGAAGAAGGCUGUUGAGUAUUUCAAAAAGCUGCUUCAUGAUCUUGAUGUUGUGUGUGCAAAUCCUGUAGAGUCAUCAUAUGAAGGUUCUUUGCAGUUUGUCGUAGAGUUUCAGAAGUUACUACCUGAUUUGGUUGCUAGGUCCCAUUUACAGUUUCUACUAGUUCAAGAUGGGAAACUUUACGGGCGUGAUCCUAUGUUUGCUGUGAUUUGUAAAGCUGCGGCAGUACCAGAAAUCACCAAUAACCAUGACUUGCAGAAGAACGAGGCUUUUGUACAUCUUGGUCAGUUGGCGAUAACUUUACUUAAAAUCUUAUGCACAAAUGCUGCUUGGCAAAGGCGUCAACUAGGGAAAGUUUUACAAGAUUGGCGUAUCAUAUACAUGCAGCUAGAGCUUGCACUAAGAAAGGAGUUUGAAGAAAGAUCAAAUAUUUCGAUAGAUGAGAACUUAUUCAUGAAGAUGUACAAACACGUUCUUAGUUGGAUUGAGGAAAAAACAUAUUGGAUAGCUUUCCGUUUCCUUAUCUUGGGCUUUGAACUGGAGCUUUAUUCCCCUUACGAGUACUGCAUGGUGUAUUGGUAUAUAUAUGUAAUCUUGAUCAAGCUUGGUGAAAAAGUGCAUCUCAGGAUGAUAACGAAUAAUGAGACUGGCAACCGGAAAGGAAAAAAGAAAAAAGACUCUAUGAAGGAUGUAGCAAGGGAGCAUUCUAUCCCACCUGUAGUGUUGCUGCUUCAGUGCCAUAUAUAUCUUGCUGAAGGGCUGACAUUGAUGAUUUCUGCUUUGAGAAAUGAGCAUGGAGUUUUUCUGUGUCAGGGUCCGUUCAAUACCGAAAAAGAGAGAUUCAUUCAGCAUUUCGAGCUCUUACAGAAAGCUUGCAUUCCGGAUCACGUCUCAUACUACUCGUUUAGAGACUACACCGCACAUGCGCAAUUCAAUACCAUUGUAAUGUGUAAUUACUUUAAAGAAGCCCAGAGGAUCGCAAAGGAACUGAGGAGUAGUUUCUCUAACGACACAAAGAAGUUAGCAGAACUUCGGCACAUCGAGCAGGUCGCAGAACACAAUGGUAUCGCCCUUAAUCUUAUAAGUAGGUUAGGGUCUCUUGAUCCAUCACUUAAGGUAUCUUUUGAGUUCAACCAUCAUCCUCAUUUUGCAACUGCUGUGGUGAAGAGAUCAUAAAUUUUGUAUUCAUGGUUAUGUCCAAUUUUUGGUUGUUUUCAUUAGGUUCCUAGCCACAUUCUAAUUUUGCAAAUAGGGUUGGCAACAUUUAGUGUCAUUUUUUCUUUCAUCAAAGAGCAAGUUUUACAAUUCAUGUAUAAUUUUGCCCAUGAAACAUGUAAUAUAGAACCAAUACAGAUAUUUAAUUGCCACAAUAAGCUGCCAUUUGCCAGCUAGUUGUCGGUAAUUCAAUGAGGUUGAAAUUGUAACCCCUUCGAUGAAUACAACAGCUCUGUUUUUUUA